GUGAACAUCCCGGACUGGAUUGUUGAACUUUGCCACAAGUUGACCCACAAGAAAAUGCCCCAUAUAAAUGACUGCCGCAAAGCUUGCCACUUUGUCAUGGAUUGGCUCAAAAAGACCUACUGGAGCUGUCAACUGGAGGAAAGUCUGAAAGUAACCUGGGAGUUGGAAGAGGACCAGGCAGAAACAGAAGAACCUCAAGAAGAGGAAGGUGAAACUAUUGUUGAGGAUGUAACAAAAGAGCAACGAGAGCCUCAGGAUGACAAAAAUGAUGAGUUGGAUGUUGAGGAUGAAGCGAACAAUAAUGGCAAUGAAGAGGUAUCUUCUCAUUCAGAACCGACCCCAAGACAUAAAGAGUUGUAUGAAAAAGCCCGAAAAUUGCUGUUAUCUUAUGAAAUAGAGCAGUUUACGGUGCUGGAGAAAUAUAGGAAUUUACCUCAGGCUGUUAAGGUAUGGAAUAAACUUUCGCCAAGUGUACAGUGUAUCCUGGAAGAACUCAAGGGCAUUACAUCGGAGAACAGGGAUGCUUUGCUGGAUAAUUUUCUGGAUGAUGGCUUCCUCAUUCCCACUUUUGAGCAGUUGGUAGCUUUGCAGAUAGAGUAUGAAGAUGGUCAGACUGAGGUGCAGAAAGGGGAAGUUACUGAACCAAAUUCACACAAAAACAAUGACUUGAAUGAAGUCUUGGUGCCAACGCCAUUCUCUCAGUUCUGGCAGCCCCUGCUCAGGGGCCUGCACACCCAGACCUUCACACAGGCCCUUCUGGAGAGGUUGUUCUCUGAGUUGUCUACCCUGGAGAACACUGGGAUCCGGCCUACCUACAUCCUUAGAUGGACCGUUGAACUGAUCGUGGCCAACACUAAGAUCGGACGUCAUGCUCGGUGCUUGUCUGCAAGCCAGUGGAAAGCAAGAAAGAACUGGAGACUCUUCAACUGUUCUGCCUCUCUUGACUGGCCCCAAGUGAUUGAGUCUUGUUUGGGCUCACCGUGCUGGGCCACACGACAACUCCUUCAGCUGUACUUUCCAAUCCUAAAUGCCUGCGGAAUGGAAGCUGCUGGUCUGGGAAAAGUCUGGACCACAGAGAUCUUCUCCCAACUCAAGUCUAUCAGAGGGAUGUACUACAUAGCAUCAGUAACAGUGGCUCACUUGGAUCCGAUUCCUUGUGCACAGAUCCUCCCUUUCUCAAGUAAUCAAUGAAUUUAGAUCAAAUCACCCAUUUUACAGAGUGGAAAAUAGAGGGGUUGUGCUGCAUGUCAGAUAUGGCC